AUGGAGUCCUCGACAGACUCCAAUCGCAAGCCGAACGAGUUCGUCGUUGAGGAACCUAUCAUGAAAGAAGACGAUAUGUCAAUUGAAAAAAAAGAUGACUAUCCCAGCUCAAUCCAAUUGGUCGUCAUCACCUUCGCCGUCAAUCUAGCCAUGUUCCUCGUCGGCCUCGACAAUACCAUUAUCUCAAUCGCCAUCCCCAAAAUAACAGACCACUUCCGCGCCCUCGACGACGUUGGCUGGUACGCCAGUGCAGACCUCCUAACAACUUGCGCAUUGCAACUAAUGUGGGGGAAACUUUACACGUUCAAUUCCAUCAAAUGGACGUACAUGACAGCUUUGUUCCUGUUUGAACUAGGCUUCUUAAUUUGCGCUGUGGCUUCUUCGUCAACUACCCUCAUCGUCGGUUGCGCUAUUGCCGGUGUCGGGCCAUUGGUUGGCGGCGCUUUUACUGAUAAUCCCAAAUUGACGUGGAGAUGGUGUUUCUAUAUCAAUUUGCCGCUUGGUGGAUGCGUUGUUGCGGUUAUUUUCUUCUUUCUUACUUCUCCUACAACUAGUAAUGGGAGUAAGAUUGCUUUCAAAGAGCAACUCCGCCAGAUUGAUCUGCCUGGUACGAUUAUGAUUCUGUUUGGUGUCAUUUGCCUCCUGCUUGCGCUUCAGUGGGGUGGGACAUCAUAUGCAUGGAAGAAUGGGCGCAUUAUUGCUUUACUUAUACUUGCUGGUAUCUUGCUCGUUAGCUUUGUCAUUGUUCAAAUCUGCAGCGGCGAACGAGCAACUGUGCCUACGCGAAUCCCAAUGUGGUUCCAAGCCAUCAAAGGCGUAACCGCCAUCAAAUCCGGCGUCAUGUCUCUGCCCAUGGUCCUCAGCUUCGUCAUCUUCUCCUUCCUCGGGGGCAUCCUGACCACAAAAACAGGCUAUUACACGCAAUUCUUCUACCUAUCCGUCAUAUUAAUGUCCGUUGGCACGGGUCUAUUGAGUAGACUCAAAUUUGACCCUGGAUACGCCGAAUGGAUUGGUUAUCAGGUCAUUUUCGGCACGGGUUGUGGUCUCGGAUUACAGGCUGCGUUCACGGCCGCUCAGACCGCGUUAUCCCUCGCUGAUGUGCCCAUUGGAACUGCCAUUGGUUGCACUACUACCGAGCAACUCUAUCAGAAACUAGAAGAGCCUCAGAAACUCACCUGUGGAGUGACUGGAUGGUGCCCCAGCCGGUCCAAAUGUGCCGAAAUACUGCGUUCCACUUAUGAUCUUCGAGCCAAGCGAGCAUAUCGUGGAUGCAAAGAUGCAAAGAAUGUCAUAUGCGAUUUUGGGGAGGCCAAGGAACUGCAUACUCCUAUCUUACUGGUUCCACCUGAGACAUUCUUUGGAGAACCUAUCGACAUGCCUGUCAACAUCUGGACUGUUGCGAGCAGAAUUUACGAAAUACUCAGCGAACGACCUUUCUUCGAAGGCCCCAUGCCGGGCCAAGACCACGUAAUCGCUGAAAUGAUUAGCACUCUUGGACCUCUUCCUAGUCGUUGGUGGGAAAAUGGACCGUAA